GAAUUUCCCAGAAUGCACCAGUAAGAAGAUGGCGACGCCCAUAUACAUGUACCUGUCCAUGUAUACCAUGGAACCUGAAGAUUAGAUUACGUUACUCUGAAAAGAUAUCAUUUGGGGCCAGUUUCAUAAAUUGUUAUCAAAACUGACAUUCUGGUGGACAGAUGAACUUCCACUUCAAGUUUCAGUCUAGGCCUAUUCGGAAAUCUAAGGAUAUCCUUGUGAAAAACGCAAACGUUGGCUGGUCAUGCUGGAUGGUGAACAUAUGCUGAAGGCUUGAAGCCCGCUGCUGCUGCGUGUGUGCCUACUUUAUUAGGCUCAAAUAUCAUAAUUUCAGCUUGAUGAUGAGUUUCGACCCAGAGCAAGUUAAUGAAGCUAAAUUUCCAGGCUUGUCUGGUAGCAUGCAGGACGAAAAUGAAUUUAGCCAGGGUUUCUGAGGUGCAUUGAAAAUAAGACAGAUUCUGAAUGCAGCGAUCGGGAGCUUUUUAAGAGCAAAGACAAGAAGAAGGACAAGAAGAAAGACAAGGAGCGAGGUUACAAGACAUUUGAGCCAAUGGAGACCCACUCCGAAGAUGAUGACGAUAGAGGCAAAAAGAAACGGAGCAGCAUCUUUCGAUCCCGGAAGACCAAAGCCCCCAAGGAGAAACACAAAGACAAGGAACUGCCAGCCGAGGAGAAGCAGAGGGAGAAAGAGAUGAAGGCCGAGAAGAAACGGAGCAAGAGCAAGGAGCGAGAGGCCAAGAAGGAGCGGAGCAGAACCAAGGACCGGGAGAAGUUUGGUCGCAAGAAGGCCCACACCAUCAGCAACGUACCUGCAGCAAAACCAGUUGAAAUCAAGCCGGUGUUUGGGAUACCACUAGCCGAAGCAGUCGAGCAGACCAAGAUGUACGACGGCGUCGAGUUACCCAAGAUUGUGCGAGAGUGCAUUGACUUCAUUGAGGAAUUUGGUAUGAACCAUGCAGGCAUCUACCGCCUCUCGGGGGUCAAGUCCAAGGUGGAGCUCCUCCGCAGCUGCUACAACCGGAAUGAGGAGGUGAACCUGACAGGACAAGACCCAAACACCGUGGCCAGCCUGCUCAAGCAGUACCUGAGGGAGCUACCGGAACCCCCACUGACCAAGGCGAUGGCACCCAAGCUGGAAGAGGCAGCCGCCAUCACGGACAUCAAAGUCCGAAUUCCCCAGUUCCAGCAUUUGAUACAGCUCCUCCCAAAAUGCAACUACACCCUGCUGUCGUGGAUGGUGGUGCACCUGGCCCACGUCCUGCAAAAUGAAGCAGAGACCAAGAUGACCAUUCAGAACAUCUCCAUCGUCAUGUGUCCCACGCUGCACAUCAGCCACCGUGUGCUGAAUCUACUCUUCACCUACUGGAAGACGCUCUUCAAGGGAGUGCAGAUCAAGAGGUGUCCUAAACCACUAAGAUGGGACACAGCGGAAAAUCGACUUGAGCUGCCAGAAAGCCCUUCUGCUUUGGAAGAAGAGUUACAAAGACAAGAAGCAAUCCUGGCCAAGAUGCACGAGGAUCUUAACAAGGGACUGGCUGACAAGUCAACAGAGGAGCAUCUUUGGGAAGUGCAACGGAUAGUGACCCAGCUCAAGAGAAAGUUACGAGUCAGUCGGAGAAUCUCUGAGACAAGGAUUGCAGCCAUUGAGAAGGAAAAAGAACGAGAAAAGGAAAAGGAACGAGAGAAGGAGAAACAGAAGGAAAUGGAAAAAGCCAAGGAAGCCAAGCCAGCCGGAGAACAGGAAGCACAGAAAGCAACCGAGGAAAUGGAAGAGAUCAAAACAGAGCCAGCAGAAACAGGCAAAGACAAAGAGGAAGUCAAGGCACCAGACAGGCUUUCCCAGGAGAGGACACCCAAGAAGAGAGUGGCGCCCAGGACACCGGCAGAUGUGCAGCAGGCAGCAGAGGAGAAGGAGGGCCUGCCAGCUCAUGCUGUAGAGAUUGAGGACGUUCCGCAGGUGGAGAUCGAGAUCAAGGAGAGCAAGGAGGAGGCAGUCGCCGUGGUAACAGCCGAGGAGGAUGGAAAGGAGCAAGAGGAUGAAGAGGAGGCUGCACGGAAAGCUGAGGCAAAGAAACGCGAGGAUGAGAACUUAGAGAUGAUCCGGCUGCUGCUGCUGUCCCAGGCCGAGGUCAUGGCCGAGCAGGAGGAGCUCCUGGCCAUCCAGACGGAGUUACUGAAGCGCAUUGAGGCCGAGAAGCAAGAGGUGGCCCGGCUGAAGGAGGAGAUAGCCCAGGCCCAUUCCCACCACUACCGCUCCUUCUCGGUGGACAGCACCGACAGUCUCAUGUCACCGGAGACCAGCAGUGACAGUGAUGAUGACGAUGACAAAGAAUUGCAGGCCAUCCUGAACAAACUCAUUCGGGAGAACCAGGAGCUGGAGCGCAAGAACACGCAGCUCAGCCACGACAUCCACAAUGAGCGCGAGGCAUGCGUGGAGCUCAAGGUCCAGAUCAAGCUACGGCAACACCCCUACUACCAGAUGGAACCGUCCAGCAUCCAGUCGGUCAAGGAUGUGCAGGCCCGGGAGCAGGAGCUGCAGUCGUUUGUACGGACGGAGCGAGAGGUGGAGUCGGACUCGGAGGUGGUGGCGACCUCAGGGGAGGCCAAGCGGGGCCGACGGAAGUCACAGAGCAACCCUGAUGUUGCCGGGCCGCUAAUGCCGGCAGGGCUGGACAGAGGCAGGCCACAGACGGACAUCAGUGAGGAGAAUGGCUUGAGCAGUGCAGACAAAGAGAAGGGAACACCGCGGGGCCGAAGGCUUGAGAGAGAAACAUCCCUCUGAGCAGCUUUUAUCGGAGGAACAAGUCCUUUAGAAAAAAAGCGUUUAGUUAGCAAAGCUUGUCUCAGAACUGUAGCCAUAAGCUAAGCUAGUGAACAAGUUGCUAUAGUUCUUGAGCAAGACACAUUGUCGUCGCAAUUAAUUCAAGCCAACCGACAGGUACUAAAUUUGAGGCCAGAGUUUUGCCAGCAGGAAAAAUCCCCUCAGAAAACAAUCUUUGCAGUUUGAACUGUGUGUAAGUCUCAGAGCCGUGAUCAUCAGCUGAGACAGUGGAUCAGUUGCUUUAGUUCUUGAGCAAGGCACGUCAUCAAAAUUGCUUGAAACCAAUCAACGGGUACUACACUGGACAGCAAAAGAAACUUGCCACUUCUGUCAAAGGCCACACAUAAAAUUUCACCCC